AUGGCUGCGUUCCAGUCCGGCGGCACGUGGAAGAACGGCGGGUCCCAGUCGGGCGUCGUCACCAGCCGCACCAUCCCGACCAUGCAGCGCUCUCGUAGCAGCGGCCAAGAAAACGCCGCACUCGUGGCCAACGGCAGCAAUGACAUCACUGACAGCCGUGCCGCCGCACGCCGCCUCCGUCGUCAGUACCCGCAGCAGCCAAUCGCGCAGCUCGAGCAUCAUUAUCACCGGCAGCACCAGCGGCCUACACCCUCACAACAGGUGCACCAUAACUCGCGCGGGUUCUUCGAUGGCCCGCCGCGACUGGUGUCGUCGCAUGCCUCGUUAUCUUCGACCUCGUCUGCUUCGCUGCGCUCAUCGACAUCGCGACUGCCAUCCAAGAUGGAGCUUCGACGUAGCGAAGGGGGCAGUAGCCGGGCCGCACUUAGUCGUAGUCACGGAGCACUUAGCAUUCCGGUGUUUCGCAGUAGCCGGACAGCUAAAGUGAGUGCGAACGCAAACGUCGACGGCUUCUCGCCUGGCUCUAGUGGCCACAGCAUCCAUAGUGAAAGCAACAACAGUAGUGGAGGAGUGCAGAGCACGCCGUACGAGCAGUGGAGGCGACUGAGGAGAGCACGCACUGCCAGUGGGAACAGUUGUGCCAGUACCAGCAGCACCAGCAGCUUCGCUUCAUACGUGGUGAACCCCAAGACCGGGCGACAUGAUUUCGGUUUGGGCAGUGACGACGAAUUAGAUGAAGAGGAGGACGAGGAUUUGGACACUGUCAUGGACGUAGAAGAGGAAGAAGACAGGCAGGAAGGACUGACGUCCGUUCUACAGCAUAUCAUAGCGCCGGCACUACCCCCGCCGCCAUACCCCGUCGACUCGUAUCACUUUUAUAGCAAGUCGAAGCGGACAAACACAGGAGCGGGAACUGCAGCUGCAGAGGUGACGUCGACGCUUGCAGCGCUGUUUGCAGACUGCGGGAUUGAAGCCAUCUUCCACCCACUCAAGUGCAAGUUCAAGUGCCUCAAGUAUGUGCACUACAGCCACGUCGAGUUUGUGGUGAGAGUGUAUGCUCACCAGCGCGCUCUUCUUGUGGAAUUCCAGCGACGCAGCGGAAGUGUGUUGCUGUGGGACGGACUGUACCGUAUUCUCCAUCAGAAACUGUCGCCUAUUAUCGACGCCACAGCGUUGCCGUGCUCGCAAAGUAGCGGUCAGAAACGUGUUGCAAGAGAUACCGCUUCUUCAGCUUCCAACCAGUUUGCUCAUUCUUCAGAACGCGAUGGUCUUGGAUCGCAAAUAUGGCGGACGUUGUCCCUCAAGAAGCCAACGCCGAGUUCAGGCGUCGAGGCGAUGAAGAUCAUGCUCACGUCGCGGUAUCUUGACGCAAUGCGUGAAGGCUGUGCCGGGCUUGCAGAACUCACGGAAGACGUACAGAACUCGUGUCUGGUUGCCCACGCUGACCUGGUUACGCCGUUAAUUCAAGCCGCGGAAGCUACAGACCUCAGUAUGUCACGAAGUGCCGUCGGAGCACUAGCGAACAUCGCUCGCGCCGUCCCGCGAUUCCCUGAGAAGCACUCGGCGCGUUCUCCCGACUGGUGA